AUGCAGCGCUGGAGGGUAAACGCGGCACCGGCGGCGGCCCAGACGCAGUCGUGCCUUUUAGCGUUGCGCUGCGCCACCACGGGAACGCAGCACAGUUACAAGCCCGGGUGCUUUGCAUUGGCAUUGCGCUCUCUCUUCGUGACGCUUACACCGAUGUCUCUGAAAAGGCGCAUUGCGAUUCGGAUGCAAACCGGGAUGGAGCGCACCGAGGAGCUGGAGAGGGAACUGCAGUGGCUCCAGAAGCACGGGUCGCCGCUGCAAGUGAUGGGGCUUCCAAACCACGCGGAGCUGGCCGAAGUCCGUGCUCGCUACCGAAGUUUGGUCCUGGAAACCCACCCCGACACGGCAAAGAACACCACAGGUGAGAGCGAGUACGCUAUUUUGCAGACGGCGUACAAAAUGUCCGUCAACCCAGCUAGCCUCUGGCAUCAAAACGGUGCCUCACCAGCGCUGCAUCGUCAGCUGCUGCACACAUCCAAGAAGAAGCUACGUCGACUAGAUCGCGUGCGCGUUUUCGCCACCUUCUCUUAUGCCGUGAUGCUUGUCAUUGGCGUAUUUUUCUCCACCGUGGUUGUGAGCAAUGGACUUGAGGCAGCGCUGAAAUUCUUCGACCCGGAGUUUUACCACUUCAUGGUUCAGCAGGAGAAGGAGGAAGACCGAAAGCGCGCAGCGGGGAAAGUGGUAGACACGGACCCGAAACGACUCGCACCCACAGCCGUACGCCGACUGCUCUUCCCCGGCCAAUUCAUUCACGAAGGCGAUGGAGGUAAGGCGUGUCGCGGAGAGUGA